ACGACGGCGCUUGUUUUUCCUCUCCGGGCCGCGCUAUGUGAGCGCGUGUGUGCUGCGCUGCGCCGGCGCCGGCAGUUUCGUCCCUUCUUCAGCUGUUUGGGCGCUCUCUCUCUGGGACUGAAACGUUGCUACGCCGUUUCGCCGCUGCCCGUGCAAAAAAAAAAAAAAGUGCAUAUUUUGAUCGUGUGUCUUGUGACGAGUGUCGUGGCCGUGAUCGGCGCCGUGCCUACCACGUAGAAGAAACCCCCCCCGGGAAUCGAAAGUGUCAGAAAGCGGGCGUGCGUCUUAGUGUGGCAUGUGCGCGAGGUUUGUGUCAUUGGCUGCACUGAGUCGUGCUCGGUGAAACACCGUUGCGGAGAGUGUAAGAGAAAGUGAGAACGCCGCAGAUCUGUAAAACCGCCGUCACAACGACAGCUUUGCAGAUCUGAAAUCUGACACCGAGUGAAACGACACGAGACGCUCCACUUCCCGUCUGUCAUCCUGUGCAUUCACACUAGGGGAUCUAGUUUAUAGGAACAGCGCAGGAGGUGCCGUCAAAGGGAGGAGCAAAAGAAAGUUUCCGAUCGUCGGUCUUACCAUGCCGAGUGCGUCAGAAACCGCGUACCUCGCGGCGCCCAAGCCGCCCGGUGCUGGUGCUUGAUAACGUAGAAGAAAGAAGAUCUGACCUUCCAGGUCUCUGGUCGUGCUCCAGUCGGCAUGGCGACGGUGUCUUCUGUGACCACAGCCGACCAUUCCUCGGGUUACGUUUCUGUCUGGCUCCGACCACCCGAGCAACAGGCUGCCUCCGGUCCCGCUGCUCGAGCUGCCCGUGCAGCCGGAGGCAAGUGGGCCCUCACCGCGACCCUCGGAACCGUAGCCCUCGCCUCACUGCUUCCAGAGGUGGCCCGCUACCUCGUGUCGAGUUGCGUUCCCCUAUGGGCCGUCCUGUGCGCCCACUACUGGUUCUGCUUGGCCACUCGCGGAACCUUCAAGGCUUCGGAUGGCUUCGUGGUCGCCCUGUCAGGGAUCGUGGGUGACUUGUCGGCCGGAGGAGUAGCUGGACGUCUUCCCAGUCCUGCGGGACUCGUCGCCUCAACGGCGGUGUGGGCCGCGGUGUGCCUGUCGGCGUGCGCGGUCGCCGCUCCGAGGGCGUUGGGUGUUUUGCCGUCACUGGCAGCAUUGCGGCUUGUCGCCUUGGUGUCCUUUGUAGGCGGCUGGCCUUGUUGGGUGCGUGCGACCAUCGGCCACCUGUGCGGACUGUUCGGUCUACUGGCGGCUCGUUUCACCGAGGCUCAACUCCGCGCGGGUCACGUCUCCUCGCUGGUGUCGCCCGACGGGAGGCUUCUGGCUGUGCGACGUCGUCGUACGGGCAGUUCCCCGGGACUUCACGGAAUCACCUCCAAAGGACGUCGGACAUCGUUGCCCGUGUUGGGACAGCGUCAGCAGUACUACGGACCUGGGUACCAGGUGAGACCGAAGGGUGUUUGACCGAAUGCCCUCGGCAACCGGGCUUUGGGUUUUUUUCCAGGCGUGUAAGCAGUGUUCUUCAGGCUGACGAUGGACGGCGAGACGUUGAA